AGGCUCCGUGGGAAAGCUCCAACUGAGAAGGAGGAGGCGGCUGAGGACGCACCGGCCACCAGUCCAGUCUGCAGCCGACACACAGGCCACCUGCCCCGGACUAUUCAGCGGACACUCACCGCUUGAAAACAACAUCUGAAAAGCUCCGGAGAAAUCCUGAACAUUAUUUAAAAUACUGCAGAAAGUAAAAACAGCCAGAAGGGAAGAUUUGAACCAUGUUCCGCAGUUUUUCUGUUUGCUGAUGUCGGAAAACUGUUCUUUUUUUCUUUUUUUUUUUACAAGUCUUUUUUGAGUUGUUUUUUGGGGGGGAUGAAUUAUUAAUUUUAUAUUUCUGCAAGAGGAAAAACUUUUGUGGCUGUCGGUUUUACUUUCUGGGAAGGGAACUAACUUGAAACUUCACCAACUCCUGGAUGAAAAGAUCAGGAUAAAUCUCCUGUAAACAGCGCCUUUCAGGUUCAUUUCAUUCUCUAAAAUAUAUCACAGGAAAGAUCGGAAAAGGAGUUUGCUUUUGGUUUUUUGUUAUUCAGAAGGGAAGAAACUUUAUUUUGAACUUUAAUAAACCUCCACGUCUCCUCCUCACGGGAGAAGACAGUCAGCCCUCCCCGCCUUCACGCACCAUGAAGCGGCCUUGUGAGGACAGCAGCUCGGCCGAAAGUGAGGUGGAGGAGCCCAUCGAUGUGGGCAAAGAGAGCAUUUAUCCAGGGCACACGAAGGCGUCCUUUAUAAGGUGCGGAUCACCGACCACCACCACUCAAGUGAUGGCGAGGAAGAAACGCAGAGGGAUCAUCGAGAAGAGACGCAGAGACAGAAUCAACAACAGUCUGCUGGAAUUACGGCGGCUCGUCCCCACAGCCUUCGAGAAGCAGGGUUCAGCUAAACUGGAGAAGGCUGAGAUUCUGCAGAUGACUGUGGACCAUCUGAAGGUGCUGCAGGCUACAGGAGGGAAAGGUUAUUUUGACGCCCACGCUCUGGCCCUGGACUUCCUGUCUCUGGGUUUUAGGGAGUGUGUGACGGAGGUUUCCCGCUACCUGAGCGCCGUGGAGGGCCUGGACUCCAUCGACCCGCUGCGCUCCCGCCUCCUCUCCCACCUCGCCUCCUGCGCCUCGCAGCGCGACGCCGCGGCCCUCACCAUGACCUCCCACUCGCACCAUCACCACCAGCAGCAGCCUCACCCUUUACCUCACCCCUUCCCCUCCCAUCACUGGGCCGCUGCGGCCGCUGCCGUCGCCACCGCCGCUGCCUUCAGGCCUCUGCCGGCCGCCAUGGCGCAGUACGGACUGAGCGGGCUUCCGGUUUCUCCUGAUGCCGGAGGAGGUGGAGCCCCCCAGAGGCUGGUGGAGUUGUCAAAACGCAGUGUAGCCUCUUCAUUUUCCUCCUACGCAGACUCCUCCUCCUCUCCUUCCUCCUCCUCCUCCUCCUCCUCCUCUCUCGUGCUCCCCUGCACCUCCGCUCCUCUCUCCACCUCCCUCCUCUCCCUCUCUGCGUCGUUUCCCAUCACCCUCCACGGAGGUUUCCCCGUCCUCCCUCCCUCCUCCUUCACCUCCUCCGCCGCCACUGCCAGUCCUCCCAUCUCCUCCUCCUCCUCCUCCUCCUCCUCCCAGACUCCUCACAGCAGCAGCAGCAGCAGCAGCAGUAAACCCUACAGACCGUGGGGAACCGAGGUCGGAGCUUUCUGACUGUUUCCCCGCUAACUGUCAGUUUUAACAGCCAAGUGAACUCAUGACUUACAAACAGAGAUUUACCAGCUGGUUUUUAACACUUGACCCGAGCAAACAGUUCUAACAACUUGUUCCACCUGCUGAUUUCACAAAGUGACCAGUUCUGACACUUCGACCCCGAGAACAGAAACGUACGGCUUAAUUUGUGGCCUUUCUUCUUUCUAGUCAGAGUUCCUGACCUGUUUUAACAUCAACUUCAGUGGAUGUUUCGUUCUUGAGAUUUAAAACUCGCUUACUGUUGAGGAACCUUAAAUCCCAACCCGUUCUCACUCUCGUCACAGACGGACACAUGGUCAAGACCCAUCGCCGUCAGUUUUUGACGGUAAAGGCAGGUAUAUGAUAUUUAACAGAAAAGACUGAGUAAGGACGUGGAUGGAGGGCCAGAACCCGGACUUUAAACCAUGACAACGGGGUUCGUGUCCCGUGUGAAACAAAAAGUCAACAUUAAAUAUUUUUAUUGAAGUUACAUGAGUUACGUAAAUUGGGUAAGUUACGCAAGGGACUUACGUUAACCCAAACCGUGACCUUUUUCUAACUUUGACCAAGUAGUUUUUGUGGCUAAAACUAACCGAGCUGUAACGUUUCACGAUUUUAAUAAGGUGCCGUUUCAAAAUGCUAAUGUUUUAUUUUGAAAGUCUAACCGGACGUUGCAUAUUUGUUGUUUGUUGGAGCCUUUAAAGUGAUGCUUAAGGGGCACCCAGGGCGUUAAAAAGCGACGCCAAAUGGCUUUGACCAAGCGUCAAUAUGUGACGAGUCGGGAGUGACGAUGUGUUUUAAAUCCCUCCACUGAAGUCUGAAUUUUUCUUAUUGUCAUCAAAUCCCAGUUCAGUCCUUCUAAACUGAACACACGAUGAGACCCAAACAGAACUAUAACAAGUACCCAAAUACUCACUACAGCACCAGACGUGGAUUCAUCCGCCGCUGAAAAUAGUCCCCAACAAACGCACUAUUUCUUCCUGUUUGAUAACAGUGAGCAGCUGCUUAGGAAAUUUACUGAAACUUUAUUAAACAUGAAACUACAUAUCUGUGAGGUGUUUGCUGAGAGCCGCGGACAGGAAGUCAGAACGUUUUAAGGGGCGGACAAACACGUUGUUGGUUUUAAGUCAUUUUCAUGGGAUAUUUCUAACAAUAACAAAAAGUAUAAUUACACCCGAUGAAGAGAUAAUCAGUUCACUGAUGUUUAACCAAACUAACAAGAAUGGACACUUUUUGAAGAUAAUCUAUUAACUGAGAAUAAAACCAGUAUAAUCUCAGAUAACCGUGUGCUCAGACUGGGGUGAAGAUUAAAAAAACACUAAACCUUU